AUGGCCACGAUCACCCUAUCGGCUGUAAGAAGACGUCGUCAACCUGAAGUAUUCGAGAAUAGAUCGUACAAACUUCGAGUCGAGCAAGUUAAACAAGAGCAAGAUGAAGAAGGAUGGAUCGCCAACUUGACGACGUAUCUGGUUGGGUACGUGGCGACGCUAGAUGCCGAGACAGCAAAAUCAAGCGCCUUUAUCGCGCCAGAUCAUGAGGUAUAUGAAAGUGGAUUGUUGCUUUUCUGCACUCGAUCGACUGCCAACUCGGAUAUCAAGUGGUUCUGGUUUGCUUGGUGGUACCAUAACUAUUGCAGCAAGACUUUUUGCACCAAUACCAUUAUAAUUUUGAAGGUGGACACCAAGGUAUUGGUAGGACCUAUCACGGGGUCCGAUCCGACUUCUAUUGGCGAGGUUUGUGUCGCCGUUUACAACAGUAUAUGGGCGAAUGCGUGGAUUGCGACACUGGAAAAAGGCGUCUCGUGA